UAGUAGGUUGAGGCCGGGUUCGGUGUGUCGGAGGAGACCGGGCUGCCUUGGAUGCGGGGAAGGCGACACCAGGAGACCCCAGGCGAUGGGGAAGGGUUGCAGACUGGAGCACCCUGCUUGGUUUCCCUGGCCCCCUUUUUCGUCUAAGCAACCCUUGCUCUGGCUCCAGUGAGCCCCGAAUAUAAGGCUACCUUAAACAUGCAAAUGCUGUCCAGCGGGGUGUGUACAUCAACCACCCAGCUUCCUGGGAAGGUAGCUGUGGUCACAGGUGCCAAUUCAGGCAUCGGGAAGGAGACGGCCAAAGAACUGGCUCAGAGAGGAGCCCGCGUUUAUAUAGCUUGCCGGGAUGUACAAAAGGGGGAAUUGGUGGCCAAGGAGAUCCAGACCAUGACAGGGAACCAAGAGGUGUUGGUGCGGAAACUGGAUUUGGCUGAUACUAAAUCUAUUCGAACUUUUGCUAAGGACUUCUUAGCAGAGGAAAAGCACCUCCACAUUUUGAUCAACAAUGCAGGAGUGAUGAUGUGUCCCUAUUCCAAGACAGCAGACGGCUUUGAGAUGCACAUUGGAGUCAACCACUUGGGUCACUUUCUCCUGACCCAUCUGCUGCUAGAGAAGCUAAAGGAAUCAGCCCCAUCAAGGAUAGUGAAUGUGUCUUCCUUAGCACAUCACCUGGGAAGGAUUCAUUUCCAUGACCUUCAAGGCCAGAAAUUCUACAGUGCAGGUCUGGCCUACUGUCAUAGCAAGUUAGCCAACAUUCUCUUCACCAGGGAACUGGCCCGGAGGCUAAAAGGCUCUGGCGUUACAGCAUAUUCUCUACACCCUGGCACAGUCAACUCUGAAUUGGUUCGGCACUCAUCUUUCAUGAGAUGCUUAUGGCGGCUUUUCUUCUUCUUCAUCAAGACUCCUCAGCAGGGAGCCCAGACCAGCCUGUACUGUGCCUUAACAGAAGGUCUUGAAAAUCUAAGUGGGAAUCAUUUCAGUGACUGCCAUGUGACAUGGGUGUCUGCCCAGGCUCGUAAUGAGACGAUAGCAAGGCGGCUAUGGGAUGUCAGCUGUGACCUGUUGGGCAUCCCUAUGGAUUGACAGAUGGUGGCAGCUGGACCCAAGAGCAGACUGCAGCAGACUACUCGGUACUUCCUCCCAAGUUGAUUCUCCUUCAGGAUGGCCAAAAGCUUGAGCACAAAGAGAGCAAACUUUCCAGCCUUGCCAGCUUAAUAGCUGAUAAAAGCCCAGCAUACACUGCCAGAUUCAUCGAAACACCUUGCAUUUGUCCAGAUACACUUUGCUCCUCUUAUUGCCAGUUACUGGAGAUAUCAUAUGAUAAGUAGACUCUCAUGUGGCCUGAAACCUACUACGUAGGAGAACCUAAGCUAUGGCAGCGUUGAUUUGUGGCAGUUUGGACUAGUUCCUCACAACCAACCAACCUUCACUUCAAGGGGGCCACACUGCAGCCUCAGUUGAACUCCAGAAGUCACAAAGCUUGGCUCGAGAGCAGGGCUUAUGCCUUACCUCUUAAGAAAACCAUCAUGGCACCAACAUCUGGAUCAUUUCAGGAAAUUUAACUGAAUCAGGAUUGUGGUAUGGCUUUAUUUCUGACGACCGAAAGCCACUGUUAAGACACUUUCCCAUGUCUAGACCAUGGAAGAGCUUCCUUUUCUAAGAAGUUUGUGGGGUUUGGAGGUUGGCAGAAAUUUGAGGGAAGGCAGAAAUAAAAAUUCAAAUUUAAACUGUCAUUUUCCUAUUUCUCUGACGAGUAAGGAGGGAAUGAAAGGCACAGUUUGAGAAGGUAGACCUCCUGACUUCAAUUACUGACCCCAGAUCCAUGGAGGUCUCCUUUUGUGCCUUAGUUUUGCUUAGAAAUUCAGAAGGGAAAGGCUGUUCGGAGAUUGUUAGUAUAUGUGUUCUUAUGUAUUUAUACAGUUAGGAGUUUUUUCACAAAAUUAAAAAUAGCCACAAAGGAACAGUAUUAAACUGGACUUUGGUGCAGGUAAAAGAUCAGAGAUGGAGUAAACCAGUGUCAUCUAGUCUUCGAUACAAAUGGGUAGAGCUGCAAGAGGAAGCAGACUCUGUGUAUGUUGAUAACUACCCACCAAGAUGCACCUUGGGUAGCAGGAAAAACAUUCAAAAAAAGAGAAUAAGCCUGGAAGAUAAUGCAUGCAAUGAAGGGACUAGUUAAGGAUUAAAAAACCAAGAAACAAAAACAGCUAAAGAUGGCAAUAUCCAGCUAGCUAUAGAUUAAGGGUAAGCACCUGAGUUAGGUAGACUGAUAAGGUACUAUCUUCAUAUAAGUACCAGUCAACCAAUGUGGCAGGGAAAAAAAUCAAAACAAACAAACAAAAAGCCUCAAUUUUUUCUUCUGCAAAAUUAUCUUAAGGACUGAUAUUGGUAGUUACAGUCAAUUUAAUUAUCUUUUAGGGCAUUUCUUUACAUUAUUUUGACAAGAUUAAAAUGUCUACUUGCUAAAAAAAAAAUCUACAUUUGAAGAACUUUUAUCAACAUUAAUGCUGCCAAAGGAUGUCUGAGGAACUGUUAAUGUUUCUAUCACUUGUUUAGAGUAUGUUAUUCUAAUAGUUUUUAGUUUUCUUGGACUUUGGUGAGGAAGGAGUUAUGGGACCACAGUCUUCUUCUAUUUGUAAAUAAUCUUGUGUUAACUUGUCUUGACCAUUAAACUACAUAUUUAGAAAUG